UUCAUAAACAAAAGCUGAGAGCCUGAAAACCCUAAACCCCCAUUUUCUCAAGGGGUAAACACUUGAGCUCCAAACAAUUAUUCAUCAAUGGCGUUGUAUCUUCUCUACGAAUCUGCUUCUGGAUACGGCCUGUUUCUGGCACACGGCAUCGACGAAAUCGGUCAAAACACGGAGGCUGUUCGUAACUCAGUAACCGAUCUCAAUCGCUUCGGAAAAGUUGUAAAACUUGCUGCGUUUAAUCCGUUCGAGUCUGCUCUCGAUGCUCUUAAUCAGUGCAAUGCUGUUUCCGAAGGACAAAUGACUGAUGAAUUGAGGAACUUUUUGGAGCUUAGCCUUCCUAAAGUCAAGGAAGGUAAGAAGCCUAAGUUCAGCUUAGGAGUAGCUGAUCCGAAAAUUGGAUCUCACAUCCAUGAGGAAACAAAGAUCCCAUGCCAAAGCAAUGAGUUUGUUCUGGAGCUCAUUCGUGGUGUUCGUCUGCAUUUCGAUAGGUUCAUUGAGAAUCUCAAGCCUGGUGAUUUGGAGAAAGCACAACUUGGUCUGGGCCACAGUUACAGUAGGGCAAAGGUCAAGUUCAACGUCAACCGUGUUGAUAAUAUGGUCAUUCAAGCAAUCUUUCUUCUUGAUACUCUUGAUAAGGAUGUCAAUUCUUUUUCCAUGAGAGUCAGGGAGUGGUACUCUUGGCAUUUUCCAGAGCUUGUAAAGAUUGUCAAUGACAACUAUCUGUACGCUAAACUUGCGAAAUACAUUGAGGACAAAUCAGAGUUGUCUGAAGAUAAACUAUCUGGCUUAAUAGAUAUACUCGGUGAUGAAGAUAAAGCAAAGGAAGUAAUAGAAGCUGCCAAAGCAUCCAUGGGUCAAGAUUUGUCACCAAUUGACUUGAUCAACGUCAAGAUGUUUGCACAAAAGGUGAUGGAUCUUGCUGAAUACAGGAAGAAGCUUUAUGAUUAUCUUGUUUCGAAAAUGAGUGACAUAGCACCUAAUUUGGCCGCAUUAAUCGGUGAAGUUGUUGGUGCUCGUUUGAUAUCUCAUGCCGGUAGCCUUACAAAUCUUGCCAAGUGCCCUUCUUCUACUCUUCAAAUCCUUGGUGCUGAAAAGGCUCUUUUUAGGGCUUUGAAAACCAAAGGAAACACGCCAAAAUAUGGUCUUAUUUUCCAUUCAUCGUUUAUUGGGCGUGCAUCUGCUAAAAAUAAAGGUCGGAUGGCUCGUUAUCUAGCAAACAAGUGCUCUAUUGCAUCCAGAAUUGAUUGCUUCUCAGAGAAAAGUACAACUUCUUUUGGAGAUAAACUUCGUGAACAAGUUGAGGAGCGUCUUGACUUUUAUGACAAGGGCGUUGCGCCUCGUAAAAACAUUGACGUGAUGAAAUCCGCUAUGGAAGACGUUGCAAAUCAAGAUACAGAAAUGGACGUGGACAAAUCCUCCGAACCCGAGUCAAAGAAAAGCAAGAAAAAGAAAUCAAAAAGCAAGUCUGCGGAAGAUGAAGUCACUGUUGCAGAUGGAGAUGCUUCGGAAGUAAAGACCGAGAAAAAGAAGAAAAAGAAGCGGUCACAUGAAGAAGAAGAAGAAGCAACACAAACCAACGGCAAAGGAAACGGCGAUGAUGACACAGAAAAGAAGAAAAAGAAGAAAAAGAGCAAAGAUGUUGAAAUGGAGGAUGCUAGUGAAGGUAAGAAGAAGAAAAAGAAGAAGAAAGCUGCAGAUUAAGUGUAAGUUAUUAUUUUGUAUGUCUUGCCAAACCUCUAAACGGUGGUAAAUGCGGGCAUGUAUUUUGGUAUCUUGGUGUUGCCUUGGCUUAUGAAAAUGGUUGAAAACAAGUUUGGUGGUAACAAUGUAUCUAUUAUUUGUGUUGGGCAAAGCGGUUUUGGUUUCUUUCUUCUAUUUAGACUGGAGCGUCAUGCUGCUAGAGGUGACGGUUGAAACUUACUUAAUAUGGAAACUGGUCGAUUUGGGCUG